AUGGAUGAUUUAAUACCAUCAAUCCAACGGCUUAAUCCGUCCAAAAGCAACCAGGAUGCUUCAGUAGUAGACAUCGAGGUGUUGAAGCACCUAAAGCUGGACCUGGACAAGGAAGUUCACAGAGAACGGCGAAUUUGGAAGCUGACCGGCCUCUUCGAUCAAAAUUAUUGCGAACAAGGAGCGAAGAUCGCAAAUAUCUCAGUAGCAAGCAAGCGGGUCGAGAGAUCCAUCUCUCAAAGCAACUAUACUGGAAGAGAUAUCGACUGGGAAAGUACUGAGGAGGCAAAGAGACUCCUAGAGCAGAUCAAAGCACACGAAGUCACAGAAAAGAUCCUUACCAACCGUGCCAGUGAAUUGUAUGAAUAUAAGAUGGGAUGGACCCUUCGAGCCAGCUUCAUGCGGCUUUUUACUACUUCUAAAAUGAGCAUCGACAUCUCGUGGACUGGAUCGGGCAAGAGAAAGCCUAGCCGGCAAAAAGACUUCAAGAUUGCACUCAUCGCUGCUCAGAAAGCCCGUCACCUAACUCAUGAAAACAUGUUAUGGAAUGCAAUCACCGGACGUUACCACUUCGCUAACGAGAUGGUGGCAGCGCAUCUUUUCGCGUGGAUGCACGGGCAAACGACCAUGAAUGCAAUUUUCGGAAAAGGAUAUGACAUUUUUGAUCCCCGAAAUAGCCUUCUUCCGAAAUUAUCUACGUUGCUUCGCUGGGUAUUGACCUACCCACGGGGAUAUCGAAUCAAUAUUAUCGAUAAAAGUUGGGACCAGCUUGAUACUCCAAUCACUAGGUCACCUGUUUUAACAUGGAGGGAUCUUGAUAACCGUCGACUUGAAUUCAAGUCAGACUUUCGGCCCGCCGCUCGCUUUCUUUACUUCCACUACUGUGUGCAAAUCCUCAGACGAGCAUGGCAAAUGACAAAGGACACCGAACGCAACGAAGCCUCACGAGACAAAGCAUCGGAUAUUCUGUGUGCCGAAAACGGCAAACAUUACUGGAGCACACCUGGCCGUUACCUCCCAAAGAAUAUGCUGAAAGCUCUGGUGGAAGAGCUCGGCCAUGGGUAUGAAGACAUCCUCAAGGGAUAUUCCUUAGAUCGUGGGGAUAACGAUGCCUUGGUUGCACUUGUUGCCGGUCAUACUACAGCCCGCCGCCCGCUGUGCCCAUUCCUACAUGAAGAAGAAGAGGAUCAGACAGAUGAGGAAGAAGAGUAA